GGUCUGGAUGGAGCCUGGAAGCAGCCGUGGUUGAUGGAGGGAUCCAACCUGAGGUCAUCUCUCAGAGCUGUGUGAGGAGCCCUGGGAGCAGGGGACGACGCAGCCAGCAUGACUUCAGUCUCAGCAAACAGAAUAAUUGGAUCUGCUGGAGGCAAGUUCAUAAAAUGUGGGAUGCAUAAUGAAUCCACUCUGGGCUCUGCCACUGAGUAACCCUGUACCUUUGAAUGGAGCAAUUCACUGCUGCCUCAAGCUUUCCUGAUGGCAGGUUGAGCCCCAGGAUUUGCAAGAAGGUCUGUGGCCACCAUGUGGAAGGGGCUAUGAAUGUCACAAAGCUGAUUGCUGAAGCUCAGGUUGGCUCACUGCUCGUUGUACCGGCUCUACAAAAGGUUCAAGAUUCCUGGUGAUGGAAGAGAGUUCUCAGCAUCCCUGGGGUAGCCAGCCUGGAGGUCUUUUCUAUAAGCUUCACUGGAGGAAGAAACCUGCCAUAGAGCUGGGGGCAGCCCCCUGGGGAUCUGCAGGGCCAGUCCUGCAGUCACAGAAACCUUUUAACACCCAGUGUUGGAGACAACAUGGACCUCGGAGCAUUUCUGAGUGAUGCAAAGAGAAGAGGCCACAUCCCAUGGUGUCUCACGUCACUGGUGCGUCAGGGGGAUGGCUGAAAAUCUCCAGGCGGAGAGAGGGGCUGGAGGCGCUCCCACAGAGGGGACAGUGUGAGAUGGAAAUUCCUGCCAGGGAUGAGUCACGCUCCGCGUGCACGACUACGCCUGGAAAAAGCAACCACUGGCAACUGCUUCCCAUCCUGCUGCGGUGCUGGAGCUGCUUGGAGGUGGCUUGAAAAGGAAACCUUCCCCAGCCCUGCAUCCCCGGCGGGAGCCUGUGUCCAAUUCAGAUGGCCGAGUCGAAGAAAUAUGCUGAAAAUAUCUCCUCCUUUUGCACCAUUUGGACCGUGCACUCCUCCGGAGCUGGCUCUGAGCGUGGGCCAACAUGGUGGAAAAUGGCCAAUUUGCAGAAAGAAAGAGAUCUGUUGCUCUCAGGGCGCUCCCAGGACCUGAUGGAUUUCUGAUACCUCGCUCCUGAGGGGCUGGAAGGAGCAUGGUUAAACACCAACCGCUGCAGUACUACGAGCCGCAGCUAUGUUUGUCCUGUCUGACCGGGAUCUACGGCUGCCGCUGGAAACGGUACCAGCGGUCACAUGAUGACACCACCAAGUGGGAGUGCCUCUGGUUCCUCAUCCUCACCUCGUCCUUCUUCCUGACUUUGGUCUGGUUUUACUUCUGGUGGGAAGUUCGCAACGACUACAAUGAAAUCAACUGGUUUUUAUAUAACCGAAUGGGAUAUUGGAGUGACUGGUCCAUUCCAAUACUUGUAACAACUGCUGCUGGCUUUACGUACAUUACAGUGUUAUUGAUACUAGCACUAUGUCACAUAGCUGUGGGACAGCAGAUGAAUCUGCACUGGCUUCACAAGAUUGGCCUGAUUACGACUUUAAUAACUACCGUGGUGACCAUGUCAUCGAUAGCACAGCUUUGGGACGACGAAUGGGAGAUGGUAUUUAUUUCACUGCAAGCCACAGCCCCCUUCUUGCACAUAGGAGCGCUUGCAGCCAUCACGGCCCUGUCAUGGUUGAUAGCUGGGCAGUUUGCACGAACAGAGAAAGCCACUUCUCAGAUGCUGAUGUUCACUGCAUACCUUGCAGUUGUAGUUGCACUUUACCUCGUCCCCCUCACCAUCUCGUCCCCUUGCAUAAUGGAGAAGAAGGCUCUGGGACCAAAGCCAGCCAUUAUAGGUCACCGUGGAGCACCGAUGCUGGCACCAGAAAACACUCUGAUGUCCUUUCAGAAGGCAGUGGAGCAGAAGAUAUAUGGAGUCCAAGCUGAUGUUGUACUGAGCUAUGAUGGAGUGCCAUUUCUGAUGCAUGACAAGACACUCAGGAGAACCACAAAUGUGGAGGAAGUGUUUCCAGAGCGGGCCUAUGAGCACUCCUCCAUGUUCAACUGGACUGACCUGGAAAAGCUUAAUGCUGGAGAGUGGUUCCUACAGAAUGACCCUUUCUGGACAGCUGGGUCUCUCUCAAAGUCUGACUACUUGGAAGCUGCCAACCAGUCAGUUUGCAAGCUGGCAGAUAUGCUGGAGGUGGUCAAGGACAACACAUCACUCAUCCUGAAUUUCCAGGACCUGCCAUCAGCUCACCCCUACUACAGCACUUAUAUCAACAUCACCCUGGAAACCAUCCUGGCAUCAGGAAUUCGGCAACAGGCUGUGAUGUGGCUGCCAGACAUGGAGAGGCAGCUGGUCAGACAGAUUGCGCCAGGUUUCCAGCAGACUUCUGGCCUCAAGCUGGGUGCGGAGCGCAUGAGGGAGAAGGGCAUCGUGAAGCUCAACCUGCGUUACACCAAGGUCACGAACGAGGAUGUCAGGGACUACACCAUGGCGAACUUGAGUGUGAAUCUCUACACUGUGAAUGAGCCCUGGCUAUACUCCAUCCUGUGGUGCGCUGGCGUCCAGUCGGUCACCUCCGACAGCUCCCACGUCCUUCGCAAGGUGCCUUUUCCCAUCUGGCUGAUGCCUCCAGAUGAGUACCACCUAAUCUGGAUCACGUCUGAUCUCAUUUCAUUUAUCGUAAUUGUAGGAGUUUUUAUAUUCCAGAACUAUCACAUGAUCAGGUGGCGCCUAGGAAGCAUCAGAACCUACAACCCAGAGCAGAUCAUGCUCAGCGCUGCUGUCCGCCGGUCCAGUCGGGAUGUCAAGAUCAUGAAGGAGAAGCUGAUCUUCUCAGAGAUCAACAGUGGCGUGGAGACCACAGAUGAGCUGUCUCUUUGCUCCGAGAACGGCUAUGCCAACGAGAUGGUCACACCCACGGAUCACCGGGAUACCAAGCUGCGGAUGAACUGAGGGGCUUCGGUCCAACCCUGGUGCAUGGCUGUCCCACACAUUCGCUCUGGCAGCGAGAGCCAUGCUCCUGCUUGCUGUGGGAUGGGAAGCUUUGAGGAACUGCUGGUUGGGCGGAGACCCCUUCCCAUACCCUAUCACUAGCUGAUCCGCCUCCCUGGUUGUGAGGUUGGGGGGCUUAUUUUUGUAAAUAUGUAGAAAAUCUGAUAAUUUUUUUUUUUAGUGUAAUUUUUCCAGGGCAUGAGUGGAAAUACCGUGUUCAUUAAAUCCUCGACCUUAUGGCUGAAGUUAUUUGAAUCUUGACGUGAUAGCCUGAUUCCCUUUGAGGGGUUACAGAAAGAACACACUGGACAUAUCUCCCCUUUCUCCCUCUUGCCCUGCUCUACUCCUUCCCUUGGUGCAGCGACUGUGUAGCUGAACAUUGUGAUGUUCUUGUGAAGUGCUGUUUUUAUUAUGGGUGGUUGUUUGGUUGGCUUUUUUUUUUUGUUUUCCCCCUUUCCUGGGCAAUGAAGUUUUAGCUCUAACGCAACAGGAGACUGUUUGGAGGAGAGAAGCUUUCCUAGGAGAGGAGAUAGCACUGCUCUUCCCUGCUGAAGUUCAGAGCCAGGGAAGGGGUUGCGCUGGCUCAGUCACUUGAGCACCUUCUUCCUGUCCUGUCCAACUUCCACAAAGACUGGAUGCUCACAGGGAAAGGGCUUUCUUGAAAUGUCCUGCUGCGGUCUUGAAGGUAAAUCCUGAGCGGUGGCUGGAGGCUGGCCUCUGCUGGCGGCAAUGCUUUCUCUCCCCCACACCCCCUUUUUUUUUAUUUAAAAAAAAUAAA